GUAAUUAAGAAAUAGUAGAAUUUGACGUGAGCGUCCUAUAUAAAUAGGAGUGUGGUGGUUUAGACAAAUUAAUUGAAUAUUGUAGGAAGAGAGACACAUAAAAGAAAUUGUUGAAGAUCUAUGACAAUCAUGAUGGAGAGGCAGCAUAGAAGAAAUUGUAUAGAAAAAAUAAUGCCAUUCAUAGCUGUAUUGUUUUUGCAAUUUGGAUAUGCAGUUAUGGAUGUUCUAUCAAAGGCUGCAUUGAACAAAGGAAUGAGUAACUAUGUUUUUGUCGUCUACCGUCACGCCGUUGCAUUCAUCGUCGUAACUCCUUUUGCACUCUAUUUUGACAAGAAAGUAAGGCCCAAAAUGACUAUUUCAAUCUUCAUAAAGAUAGUGGCACUAAGUUUGCUAGAGCCAGUAAUUGAUCAGAAUUUGUAUUUUUUGGGGAUGAAAUUCACAACGGCAACCUUUGCAGCUUCCAUGAGCAAUAUUCUUCCUGCUAUUACGUUUAUAUUGGCUUCUAUUCUAAGGAUUGAGAAGAUAAAGAUAAGAAGUAUACGAACUCAAGCAAAAGUGGUGGGAACUAUAGCAACCGUUUCAGGUGCAAUGGUGAUGACACUAAUUAAAGGGCCAGUACUUUUUGGGACAUUUGGAAGUGAUUCUCAAAACCAUCAUAAUAGUGGCAUAAGUACUCAACAUACAAUCAUUGGAGCUGUGAUGAUCACAUUAGGAUGUUUUAGUUGGGCUUGUUUUAUAAUCCUCCAAGCUAUUACCCUUGAAACCUACCCUGCAGCACUUUCACUAUCGUCAUGGAUAUGUCUAUUGGGAACAUUAGAAGGUGCAGCAGUUGCUUUGGUUGUGGAAAGAGGCAAUUAUUCAGUUUGGUCCAUAAAAUGGGAUGUGAGAUUGUUGUCAGCUAUUUACACGGGCAUAUUCUGCUCAGGGCUAGGUUAUUAUUUACAAGGAGUAGUGAUGAAAACUAGAGGCCCAGUGUUUGUCACAACAUUUAAUCCUUUGUGCAUGGUUAUUGUUGCUAUCAUGGGAUACUUCAUUCUUGCCGAACAAAUGUUCCUUGGAAGGGUGGUGGGUGCAUUUAUCAUUUGUUUGGGUUUGUACCUUGUUGUGUGGGGAAAAAGCAAAGAUUACAACAGCCCAUCAAAAUCAAAUAUUGAAGAACCUGUUUUACCGAAUUAGCAAUCUGCAACUGAAAAUUGUACUUAUGAACAAGAGGGUGGAGUGCAAAUUAUUGUUAUAUUGUAAUUUUAAUGUCAAUUUUCAAUUUCAAUAUUAUGGGACAUUUUCAGAGAGACUCUGCACCUUCUAGUGUCAAUACUCUUGUAAAGAUAUUUUAAGAUUUCAAUGUGGCACAACAAAAUACUGAAUUUUCAUUCAAUAAUAAUAUAGAAUAGUUUUAUGUACA